CCGCAGCACUACGGCCGCCUGCCCGGGACCAUCUGGAGCUACACGCAGGUGCGGCGCACUGGCGGCGGCGGCGUGGAGACCGUGCAGGGCCCCGGCGUGUCAUGGGUGCAUCCCGACGGCGUGGGCGUGCAGAUUGACACCAUCACUCCCGAGAUCCGGGCGCUCUACAACGUGCUGGCCAAGGUGAAGCGAGAGCGCGACGAGUACAAGCGGAGAUGGGAGGAGGAGCUUGCCAAGCGCAUGAACCUGCAGACCGUGGUGGACACGCUGCAGGAGGCGGCACAGGAAGCUGAAGCCAUCCAGGAGGAGAUGAACGAGAAGAUCGAGAGGCUCAAGGCCGAGCUGGUGGUGUUUAAGGGGCUUAUGAGUGAUCCCAUGACAGAUCUGGACACAAAGAUCCAAGAAAAGGCCAUGAAGGUGGACAUGGACAUCUGCCGCCGAAUCGAUAUCACGGCCAAGCUGUGCGAUGUCGCACAGCAGCGGAACUCGGAAGACGUGUCCAAGAUCUUCCAGGUGGUCCCCAAGAAGAAAGAGCGUAAGGUGACUUCGGACGAAGACAUUUCCGAGCAGGAUGGGGAGGUGAACCGGUUCUCAGAUGACGAGGUCGGUUCCAUGAACAUCACAGACGAGAUGAAACGCAUGUUUAACCAGCUGCGGGAAACUUUUGACUUUGAUGAUGACUGUGACAGCCUGACAUGGGAAGAGAAUGAAGACACACUGCUGCUGUGGGAGGACUUCACCAACUGCAACCCCACCAUCGACCUGCCGGGCGAGCAAGAGGAAAACUUAGGCAACCUGAUCCAUGAGACGGAAUCCUUCUUCAAGACGAGAGACAAAGAGUAUCAGGAAACGAUAGGCCAGAUCGAGCUGGAGCUGGCCACAGCCAAGAGUGACAUGAACCGACACCUGCACGAGUACAUGGAGAUGUGCAGCAUGAAGCGAGGCCUGGAUGUGCAGAUGGAGACCUGCCGCCGGCUCAUCAAAGGCUCAGCAGACAGGUGCCCGGCCUUGUCCUCCCUGGGGGUUCAGCACUUGGGUUCUGGGGGUUAAUUUGUGGGGCUGUAACUUACAAGUUGGGUCAGUUUCAUCUGCUCAGACCAUGUGUCCGUCCAUCGAUCCAGAUAAUGAAUAUUAGUCA